AUGAAAGUCUCAUCCAUCCUUUCUACCUGUGUGCUUCUCCUUUCACAAGCAGCAGCAGAGAAAUGCGGCAACUUGAACUGUGCUCGUAAUGAUAUCCCAUGCGUGGAGGGAGAGGCAGACUUUUCCGUCUUUCCAACCGACAUUAAUGGUCAAGCAUUUCCAUUUUUAAGAAAUACAAUCCAAAGUGGAAGUCACUGCGUCUGUCCCGAAGGAAAGACUGGAUUGCGUUGCGCAAGAAGUUAUGAGACAUGCGAAGGAAACGACCACGUCUGUUUCCAUGGAGGAAAAUGUAUUCCAGGCUUGAACGCAACAGUCGAAGAUUCUAAACUAUUUUGUGAUUGUUCGAAUGCCUUUCACAAUGGACUUCCAUACAGAGGAAAGUUCUGUGAAGUGGAACUCGAAGAGUGUGCCGCCGAUUCUGAUAUUUAUUGCGCCAACAAUGGUAAUUGCAAAGACGACUUUGAAUCCAAGUUGCGCCCAUGCGAUUGUCCAUACAAAAUGCGAGGAGCACACUGUGAGUUUGACGAUGGUCAUGUUCCUGAAUGCAAGCUUGAGUGCGACAACGGAGGUGUUUGUGCACGAGGUGUCAAGUCGUAUGAGAAUGCCAUGUAUGACGACUUUUGGGCCCAACAUGACGGAAACUUUCAAUACUGUGCUUGUCAAAGAGGCUUUUACGGUACUCGAUGCGAGGCACAAGCCACUGAUUGUGGCGAUGGACAAUGUUUCCACGGUGGUAAAUGUAUUCAAACUCUGAACGGAAGGAACAAGACCAUCUUUGCAUGUGAUUGCGCGGAAGCCACAAAAGAUGGACUCAAGUACGCUGGCCAAUUCUGCCAAAGUCCUUCCACUCAAACGUGCGAGCAAGGAGAAGACAAUGGCAAUGGGCAAUUGUUCUGCACAAACAACGGGAAAUGCAAAUCCAACCCUCACGAAGGGUGUGACUGUGAGGGUGACUAUCACGGUGCAUCCUGUGAACAUCCAGGAAGCGCAGCGAUUGAUGAUGUACCGAAGUGCGCAUUGCAGUGUAAAAAUGGAGGCUCGUGCCGAAUUGGUCAAAAGGAUACGUCUCUCUUUUCUCAAUUCGGUGCCGACAUGGAAAAAUAUAACCAAACCAAUAUUGACUUUCAACAUUGCGUUUGUCCCGAUGGAUACUUUGGUGUCCAGUGCGAACAUCAAUUGGAUGUCUGUCCCGGAGGAGAGCACGUCUGUCUACAUGGUUCAAAAUGUGUAGCCAUUAACGAGUCUGAUCCAGACACCCUCGAACACAAGUGCGAUUGUGAAGACAGUUUCGACUCCAUUAAUCAGUUCGCCGGAAAGUAUUGCCAAUUCGAAAGUACCGACAUGUGCACGAAGAAUGGAAAGCCAGGACUGAGUAAUGCAAAGAAUGCUUUCUGUGUCAAUGGUGGAAAAUGCAAAUCUACUGUAGAUGAUGAUCAGCAGCGUCACCCUGGUUGCGACUGCCCUGACAAGUACACUGGUGACCACUGCGAAUUCAUCGUUGGAAGGGAACCUGCCGCAUCCCAAACUCUUUCCUCAGUGGGAGGUGAAGAAAAGGCAGACAUGGAUCUUCUAGCCGCCCUUGCUGUUAUUCUCGCGGCAUUGAUUGUGGCCAUUGCCGCCAUGCUCUACAUGGCCAAGAAAAAGACCAAGGCCGACAAGGCAACUGACGACACGGUCGAAAAGGCAGAGGAAGAUCAGGAUGUGGUAGUAGAAGAACUUCCCUCCCCAGAAAAGAAGGGUUACGAGGCGCCUGACACCAGCGGCCAACUUCGCACUGUAGAAAUCAUCUAG